AUGGACGCAUCGUACCCCAGCAAUCCGACGCAUCGUACCCCGCAAUCAGACGCAUCGUACCCCAGCAAUCGGACGUUUCGUACCCCGCAAUCGGACGUUCGUACCCCAGCAAUCGAACGAAUGGUACCCCAGCAAUCAGACACGAGGAACUCGUCUCCGUCCUCUUGCGCCGUGAGUCGACAGGAGCUACGCACGGCGCAUGAAGCGAACGAUUAUCAGCUUCGUUUCAAGUUGACUGCAAAUGCUUCCUUCGUCUCUAAUGCCAACGGACAAUCAAACGCGUUUUUUUCAGCACCAUAUCGCGUAGAGAAAACGUCUCCAAUCGCUGACGUAGCAAAUAACGGGAAGCUCAAGGUGCAUAAAACGCACUCACUUGAGUCAUCAAUCGAGACGGCAAGAGAAGAACGGGCUGGGAGUCAGCAGUCAAAAAGACGGCAGCGGUUUUUUUCAAGCUGGACGUCCACGGGUACGUGGUUCCCAUCUGCGAUGCUGGAAGAGCACAACAGACCCGGCAAUUGUGAGGAGGUCCAGCAGCUGCCGUGGAAGCUGCCAGAAAGUGACGAGACUGAAGCUUGGCAACGCACGGUGGAUCCUUUGAGGCCACGAGAUACGGACGUGAUCAACAUGACGAGCGUCCGACACGCAUGGAAAGCAAAAGAACAGCAGGUAGCGCAGGAGAUUGCUGAAUUUGAAGCAAUCGAGCACGAGUUAAUGGCGGAAACAGCUUUGAAUUGGAGAGAAAAGCAGCAACAACAGCAGCAAUUGAAACAGUUGGAUUUGGCACCUUCUGAUCAAGAGCAGGUAUUGGAUGACAGUACGUCGGACGUGACUGACUGGGAGCUGUCCGAUUUGUCGCUGGUAUCGGACUUUGAUGGAGAAGACCGACCGAGGUGGCAGAGGACCAGGCACGAGUUAUUUGAUGACAGUAUCGACAACAUGGUGGAUCCAGCACGGAUGUUUGCCAACAAGUCAUCUAAUUCGGUGGAUGACAUGAUCGUUCAAUGUAAUGAAUUGACUGAUCGUUCUCGAGAGCAGUCAGAAACCGAGAUUUGUUGUGGUGACCUACCUUCGGAGUUGAGUGCUACAAGCCUCGACGGUUCUGUGCCAUGGCAUGAUGGUUUGUCCUCGCAACCACAGAGAAGUGUAGAGCACGAACGAUGUCCAGACGUUGUGGCUGCUAACGUGCAUGCAUCAUCAAACGACCAAGAGUGGUUCGCUAGUGAUGGUGGUCGUGACAGGCAUCAAUCAGCCAAAUAUCGAGUGCUUUCGGCGACCCCCGGUUGUCGAAGGAAUUGCAUACAGGAAACGAUGAACUUUCAGUUAGGAGGAGGUGCCCCGGUUUCGUCGUUGGCGCAAACCGUUUUGGCAGACUUCCAGCACGUUAAUAACAGCGAUCGUGAUAGGGCUUCCUAUGAAGGUGACACAAGCCCGAUCGUUAGCAGCAGUACCAGCACAAGGGCAGAUUGGGUGGCUCCUUCUGCGCGGCCGAUAUCAUUUCUGCAGGAGCGGUCCAAAUCGACUAUUGAACACAAGCGUGCGCAACUGCAAGAUCAAGCAGUGCAUGUUAUCGACCAAAAAGUACAAAAUCUGGCAGUCAGUAGGGACGAAUAUGCACGAUAUGGGCAACAACAGCGAACGUUGACCGAAAAAGAGUGGGAGCAAGAGCGCACGAAAAUAAAAGAGGAGAAGCUGCGUCGACGACAAUGCAAGCUGCGUACGAAGAUUGCAGUAUCUCGACCAAAUCUGAACGAGUGCGGGGAAGUGGAAAUGCUCAAGGCGCAGAUCGUGCAGAUGCAAGUUGACGGAAAAGCACGUGUGGGCAAAUGGAAGGCCGCAUGUGACAAGUUGCGGCAACGUGUUUAUGAGCUGGAAGAGAAAAAUUGUGACCUAAGUAAAGAAAUUGAGGUCAUGAAGAAGGGUCGCUAUAAGCAGUGGGUAGACUACGACCAGCUUCUGAAAGAGACGCGAGAUGGUUCUGGACUGACAACAAAGUCCAGCGCAACUUCCACAUUCCCUUCUGUGCUCAGUAAGGAGAACGGUUCACAUACGAUGAGUGGCUUCGUUUGCAUUAAAGAUGUAGACGCACAGGGAUGGAGUCCUUCUGACGACACCAUACCCGAGAUUGACGAGAAGAUGGACUGUACGGCAUCCUCGGACUGCAAUCAGCAUAACACGGUGAACCGCAACGAAUGGGAACGUGACGGAUUAGAAGUCGAGGGCGUUCAUCGCUCGUGCGUGCCUGGGGUCUCAUCGGGUAGAACAACUUGUCCGAGUGGCAAGGAGGACUGUACCAGCGACUUGGGUCACGUGCGUGCAAAUAAUCCUGUAUUGUCCGAACGGAUAUCCUUUGCAGUUCGGAAUGGCGAAGGUCGGUACGACAUUGGCUACACCGACCUACAAUGCAAUGGCCGCGAAAGAGCGAGUGUGACCUCAGUCUCAACAUCUUCAUCAGAGCACAAGGUUGUUGCUAACGAGGUAGAGCUGCAGGGUGGAAAGCGGGAGUUGCUGUACACGGAUGGAAGCAGGAAGAUCGUUUUCCCGAAUGGUAGUGAAAAGGACGUUGACGCUAGUGGCCGCGUCGUCAUCAAGUUCGCAAACGGCGACCAUCAAGAGCUCUUCCCGGACACUGGAGUCAGCGUUUAUCACUACUACGAGGCUCGGACGAAGCUGACGAAGUAUCCGGACAACCGCAGGGUGUAUGAAUUUGCGAAUCAACAGACUGAGACCACGUUGCCCGACGGCACGAUUGAGAUCCAGUUUGCUGACGGCAUUAAAAAGACCAUUCACGUAAGCGGCGACGAGUUUUCCGUGUUUCCAGAUGGCACAACCAUGAUGGAGCAGCUCGACGGGCUGCGCGAGGUGACGCUCGGGAACGACAAGACCAUUCGCUUUCUACCAGAUGGUCAAAUCACGGUUCGGUCCGAUGUCGUGCGUCAGGAUCGACUACUGGGAAGUACGUGA